UCACGUCGUCUCGGACAGGCGUUACCCCAGAGCGAGCCAACUCCGUACUUGGGCUGAACUGCCGUCGGGGAAAUAUGGCGGUGUAAUCGAGCUGACAUUAAGAACGGAAUGGGAAUAACAGGUGGAAGAAGGAGGAGGACGCACCCAUUCCGACAGCUCGUUUUGGGGAAUUUCAUUCACAGCCAACAUCCGCUACGAGAUGCCCUAACAGGCCCGAUAGGGGCGGACACACCUGUCUCCGGCGUGUGUGCGGCUCCUGACGGAAGAGUUAACAGGGAGCUGAGACAGAGAGAGAGAAAGCUGGAGAGCAGUACGGACUGACUGCAGGAGUGGAUCUGUGCGCGUACCUGUUAAACAUGCCAUGGCAGCGAAGCUUUGAAAUUGACUUUGAAUUCAAAAUCAGCAACACUAAGAGUAGGAGAGAGUUGGAAUGGUAGCGUGAGCGGGAUGUCAGUACUACACCCUCACGGUAAUUUCGGCUCGUAAGGACACAACGGCAGGGGCAUCCUUCGUUUCGUCACUCACGGUGGACAAGUUGACCUGGCUUUUCCGCCCGCCGGCGUCAGCCCGCCGCCUCGGUUGGUUUUGUUUUAAUUAUUUUACCUCGAAAUUGAAGGUGGACAGUCGCCAGGACAGUCACUCGAAGAGCUUUUUUUGUUUGCCGAAAGCUGCAGAAGACGAGAAUCUAUAUUCUACACAGCUACGAAAGCCUGUGACUGAACGGCAAGAGAAAACUGGACAAUUGUAACAGAUUUAAAUGCUUUCAUUUUAAAUUUGUUAGGCUGCGUGCUAGCAAACGGACUGUUAGUCUACGCUUUGAGUGCGAGGCCGGAUUGUUUGGACGUGAACCUGAGAGGACUCUUCUCUUGAACUCCGUUUAUCCUUCAACAAAUACCGGUGGACACGCUCGAAACGAGGAAAGGGUACAGCCCUUGUACAGCCUCAUCUGACUAAGGUGUCCGACAGCCACAAACCCGCCUAAGAGAGGUCGGCACUUGCUGUUGUUUCAAUAAUGUUCUUCGAGGGACAAUCGAAGUUUUAGAUCAAGAAAAGCUGCACUUAUUUCAGUCAAAACGGGACUGUUACCCCACCACACGCCUUUCACAGCAACCAAUCCGGAGGUCCGGGGAAGAGACAGACGUCCAGGACCCGAAUACCCGGUUCGGUUCCCCACCGAGCCGCCUAGGUCUCAGUGUCCAGGAGCCGGGUUCCGUUCGGUUCCGUUGCAGCCUGCGCCGCCCGGAAAGCCCCAGGAUGAGUCGACCACUUUGGGACGCCGUCUUUCUCCUGAUGGGGUCCAUGUUCAGCUGUGUCUAUGGCCAGGAGAACUCCACCUUGCUGUCCUCGAAUCAUGUCCCUCUGGCCGAGCCAGUGCGCUCUCACUUUGGCGACUGCCCCGAUACACACAGUCAUUUUUGUUUCCAUGGCACCUGCCGCUUCCUGGUCCAGGAGGAUACGCCCGCCUGCGUAUGUCACCCGGGGUUCGUGGGGAUGCGCUGUGAGCACGCCGACCUCCUGGCAGUGGUGGCGACCAACCAGCAGCAGCAGACGAUCGCCACCCUGCUGGUGCUGUCGGUGGUGGGCUGCGUGCUCCUGAUCCUGACCUGCACGCUCAUCCAUUGCUGUAGAAAGCGGGGUGCCUGUGGGUGGAGCCACAGCCUGCCUUGUCGUCACGAGAAACCAGAAGGUCUUCUGAAAGGCGGGACUUCCUGCUGUCACUCGGAAACAGACUUCCCUCCCUAUGCCCGAGUUGUUUGAGAGGAAGAUGGGGCCCCCUUCACCCUCCCCCCACACCACCCGUCUGGUUUGGAUCUGCUUCCAAAUCCUUUCCUGCACCUUUGCGACCCCUCACCCCUGCCUGCCAUUUCCUAUCCUGCACCAAGACUGGAUUUUCUCUGAGGACAGCGCGGGAGUCGUCGUCCUCUGCCCACCGAUGGCCAUGCGCAGGCUGCUCUCUCUUCCCGAGAGACGAGACCAGAGACGACGCUGCUCCUGCUGACCGGGAUGGAGGCUCCAGACCUGUGUGCUGCCACUCUGUCCCGGGUUCCCCAGAGAGCUUUCAGCCUCACAGGGUGCGCUGGGAGCUUGUGCUCCCAUUGAGCACCAGACCUGAGGUCAUGACUUUCGUUGUGUGCUGGGGGUGGGCUGUGAUAUUGCACCCGUUAUUUAAAAACAACAAAAGCAAAAACCACAAAAGAAGAAAGCGACUGAUAUGCAGGACAGCAGCGAGAAAAGGGCCUUUCAACAAUUGUUUCAGAGGACUGAAGAGUUUGCCGCCAGGCCGGAAGCCUACCCUUUCCUGGCUUCCUCUGAGGAAAAAGGAACGACAACCAUGCGGCUGGGAACAGGAGGGGUGUCCGCCAGCCGAUCGCGUGAAUGCGUGUGCCCGGACGAAGGUCGGCUAUCACUUAGCAAAUAACGUGAGGCACGAGCAAAACUGGAGGGCGGCGCGAUUCCUGGAAGAGCAAGGGAUGGGAAUCCCGGGCCCUAACCCGUGCAGCUGUGCAUCUCGCGAAUGGCCACGUCGUGCCUGAGAGAAGACACUCGUUAGAAAGCACAGAGAGAGCUUGAGGAAGAAAGGCUCUGAAGAGUGAAAUCCGGCACCUGCCUCCCUCGGAGGUCUUUAUUUUCCUUGAAGGACAGCGUUCACAAAACGACCCGCAGAAGUGCUUUAUUAGUUUGUCUUGGGGGGGGAUGUUUUUAUUUUACACGUAAGCUGUGAAGGAGGGAGAAUGCAGGAGGACCCGGGGGAGACUUGUUGGAAGUGCAGAGACUUGAGGAUCAAAUGGCUCCAGGACCGAGCAGCGCUACUGCGAUUUGGGGACAGGUCCGCACGGCGCACUGUAGGAGGGAAGUUUAUCGCACCCCCGUGAGGAAAAGGAGAAAAAAAUAUUUAAACAGGAAGUGCAGUCCUCCUCUGUGGUCAUGAGUAUAAAAACAGUCUUAAGUGUGAUGUCUUACCUGCCGUUCCAUGAGGGUGAUUUGAAAAAGGCAAAUUGUAGUGCUUCCAGAGCUCUGCCAAUUUAAGGUCUUACCAUCUUGGUAACCAAUAUCCUUUCUUUUACUAUUAUUUUAUUACUGCUUUGUUAUUGCUAUUACUGUAAUUUUAAAGCUGUGUGAAUAUGUAUUUUUGAAUAUUCCUAGAUGUUAAGAAGCAGUCUGAUGACCUCCCAUGCAACAAGCAGAGUGACCGGGCAGAACUUAAGCACACGUGAUCUCAUUGUGCAGACAGGGUGGAGGAGCCAUGCCUCUAUGCACAAUGUGGAUAUAAUUUUAUAUAGAGGUAUCUGUGCGCGCACACGGCUCAGGUGUCUUCUACGUGCACUAUGCGUGUUGUGGGAACAUGGGUGCUAAUGCACGAGCACAGUCUGGCCCAGCUGCACGGGCCUGGCAUCUGUGCUUUUCAGCGCACACGCGUGCACGGACUCCAAAAGAGAGUUUUACCCUGAGGCCUCCUGGAUUGGAGCAGCACUGCAGCACUUGUGCUCAAAGAGCUUUGCUACCUUCAUUGCAAUCAAUUUGGAAUCCUGGUAGGGCAUCAAUCACCAAACAUUGACUAGUAGUGAGCAAUGAUGAGCUCUUGCUAAAGAAGGUGGGAAAGUAAUGCACCUUGAAAACAGUAUAUGGACUAGGGGUAACUCCCUUAUAAAUUAGUUUCUCUAAUUAAGAUAGACAUAGAGAACACGGGUUCUUACAGCACUACCAAUACUUAAAUCCCACAUUGCUUUAAUGCUAGAGAAAGUGAUUAGACUGCAUUUAACAUAUUGCCUGAAAAGAUAACGUAAUGUAGGAGCAAUCCAAUGACAACAGACUGGUUUGGGCCUUAUUUGCACAUGCAGUCCAGGUAAUCCAGGUUGAAUGGACUGGUCUAGACAACAGUUUUUAGCUUUGAACACCUGCAGAGAAGGGGCUGUGCACAUUGCAGCCGGCUUAUUCUAAAUAAGGGUGUGGAAAAGUAUCAUUUGAAUGUGUCGAUGAAAGACAUCAAAACUGGCCACCCUGCCGUGUUUCUCUUGCUUUUGAAGGAAGCUGUAGUCUUACGUGUCUGUAGGAUGUCUGUUUGAGGAACUCGAAUCUGUCCUUCCCUGCAGUGCAUCUCCUGCCUUGUGCUGACUUGGUUUCCCACAUGCAGAGCUCAGACAUCAUUGCAACAUGGAUACCAGCUGUAGCUUUUGUCCAACUUCAUUUUCUCCUUCCUUUACCAUCCAUGUGAAUUUAUUGAAACACAUUUGCACGAGGGUCCAGGCUGAGAUCAUCCAAUGGAGUCGUGAUGUGGCUCUGAAGCAAAAGCUCAAAAUCACACGUUAAUUGAGAUGCACUUUAACACAGCUGCACUUCCUAGAAUACAUAGGCACUACCACUCUCUCAGACCUUGACAAAAUCAGAGCACGCUCAGGCGCACAAGAAGGCACGUGCACAUUGACGAACGACGCACAUCCACAGGGAUGCAUGCAACUAGAAACCCUACGUGCAAGGCACCACCGACACGGCGAUCACAGCUCUCCAGAACACAAGCUUUUCACUGACUCACUCACAGCCACGGUGCACACGGGUCUCGUUCAUACACAUGCAGACAACGGUCUGCUGCUCUGUCACACGUGUGGGUUUAACCGUUUUCUCAGUCCCUGACACAUCUGUGAUGACCCUUAAGAUGCGUUCCUCGAUCUCACUUUAACCUAGAACAACAGCCUUUAUCUGGGAGACGGUGAGCAUUGGGCCUACUCGCCCUCCAAAAGAAAGUACACAUAGAAGGCUCAUCAGACUAAAUUUACUAUAACAUUCCUCCAGCUUUUGGAUAAGGAAUGAACAGGUUAGAAUCCAUUUGUUUUAAAGCACUUAAUGGAAAAAGUUUGAAUAUUUUUUGGCUCCCUUAAGACUAUGUAUGUUUGUGACCUCCCAGAUUCUUUUCAAGGUUCUUUCUCACUUCAUUACAGAUUGAGCAGUUGGCCCACAAUUUAUGGGAAAGACACGGAUCUAUAUCUGAGAAAGUAAUGGAUAUUUUGAAAGGUUGGUCAUGACCUUUUUUUAAAAAAAAAUCUCUGUUACAGACCAUAAGAUGAAUCUUUUUUUUUUUUUAUUUGAUGAAGAAUUAACCUUGAGGAAUAUUGAUCCGUCUGGCGAAGAGGAUGCAGUAACAGCAUCGUCUCAGUUUUGUUAUCAUGAGUGUACAGUAUUGUUUUUUUUUUGUGGUGUCCUUAGUGCACCUCCAGGUAAAUCAGGAGAUUGCUUACGGAGAAUUCCACUUCGGCAGAUUUGUGGCAGGGUAUCCUGGGCUUUGGUUAAUCCCUUUGUUAUGUAAGGAAAGAAUUAAAGAGAUAAAAAUACCUGGGGAAGAGGGGAAACAGAGGAGACUGGAGAUUUUGUUUCCUUCGCGGGCGAGUUCAGCACAGAUCAGACGGUCGCUCUGUGAAAGACCGCACUACGUCAUGUGCAGUGGGGGAAAUAGUGACAUCAGUAACAUGAUUGGCUAUCAGAGGUCACCGGGGCAAAGUUCAGAGUUCAGACCUGGGCCGUCAUAUCCCUGCAUCCCACUAAGAUCUAGUUAGAAAGAACUAGAAAGUUCCGACUAGAAAUAGAAGCUCUCUGUAACUCUGCAAAGCAGUAACCUGGGUUCAGGGUAGGGAUUUCUAUAGCAGGAGACGGCAGUCAGCCUACCAUCGCAAUACAAUGUUAAUUCUUUCAGGCUGAAUCUGCCAGGCUCAGAUCAUACUGAAAUCUGCAUGUUUACUACGGCCCAGGAAACGAGCAUAAAUAUAUGCAGCACCUGGUGUUAAUUCAGGGGCUUCCAGUUCUGGUUCUGCGAACCCACACACCUGCUGGAGAUGGAUAUGAAACCUUGUAACAGCUUUAAAUUCAAGUCUAAAUAUUCCCAAACACGUAGAGGAGCCUUUGAGUUUUAGUUGUUAGUUUCUUAACUUUAAAAUCUCCAACCUUCGAGUUGUCUAAAAAGAAACUUGCAAAGGUUCUGGGCCGCUUUCUUGUUCACUUAAGAAUUCAUUGAUGUACAGAGCUCAGCUGCAGUGAAAACCAGGUGUGUGGGGGGCUGCAGGAGCAGGAACUGGAGCCCUUGGGCUAGCGUGCUAGAGCCUGUGAGAAAACCUGGAGUGGAUCGGAUCCUUCUGCUGCGCUCCGGGGAAUCUCACUGCUAGUCCCAGUUUUGGAAUCUGGCUUUGGGUCUGCAGACAGUGUUACGACGCAGUUCGUGACCGAUACAAAAUACUUGCGUCACACAGCUAUGCGUGGUUAUGGAUUGCUUCAGCUGUAGGCAAUGCAAGAGCAGUUCAAGCUCUGAGUGAGUCACUUUCCCAGCCCUGGAAUUAAUGUUUGGAAUUCAGGAUUGCUUAACCAGACCGCGAGGCCACAGUGUUGCAGACUCUUUCCCCGGCAGGCCGUCACUUCUGAUUUUAACAGAAAAAUAAGUGUUCAUUUAUUACACAGUACUCUGUCCCUAACCUCAUUUUGUUUCACGGCACAAAAGGGAGUCACAGCAGUAUCGGAUUUGGUCAUUCAUUCCCCGACACUGUCCCUGCUAUGAAAUUCACCUUCCAGUGGUCCAAUUAAAUCCCCGUUUCUUUCCUGUCAUUACCAUUAUUAAACUUCUUCAGGGAUCUUCUCUUGACAGUGGAGGUUCGGUCCGAUUUUCGUUGUUUUGCAAUGUAGUUUCUGUAUGAUUUGCCUCACGGCUGUGUUCAGCUGAUCGUAUGCCCCGUUUCAUCUCCGUCGUGCACCUCUGACAGUGGCCUGCUGGAAUUUCACUAAUUUCACGAAAAACUGAAGCCUAGAAUCAUAUACUGUGUAGGAUAAAACAGUAAAUUGAGGAGAAGAGGGGAGAUCUAUUGAUCCGAUGCAUGUACAAUGUUGCAUGUGCAACGAUGGUGACGUGUUUGAGGAGUGAAGAAGAAAAAACUGGGUUGUCACUUUAGCCGUCCGAAGCUCUUCUUCCUUGCUGCUUUUGCUGAACCUGAAACGUGACAUAACUUGUAUUACUAUUUAACAAUGAUGUAAUUUAUUUAACUUUAUAAUGGGAUUAAUUUAUUUGUCCACUGAUUAAUUCUGUAAUGCCAUUGUUUAUUUGGGUUUUCUUUCGUUUGUUGUUCUUUGGCUAGGGUUUUCAAUAAGACUGGAAUUUGUU